AUGUGUGAUACGGAUCUAAGUGAGCUGGUGAAAAAGUUUCAGGCCAUUCAACGGCAGACGUUUCCCGAUCAAAUCGGGGAGCGUAACGUAGUCGAAAUCAUUAAUGUGCUGCGAGAGAAGCAAUUGGUUGACCUUCUUUACACCUUGGAUGGAAAGGAGUAUCUCACAUGGGACCAGCUGCGGCGCGAAGUCGUUGACGAAAUUGUCUUCAAUGGUGGGCGGAUGAAUGUGGUCGACCUUCCUGGCAGUCUUAAUGUGCACUUCACACACAUUGAGCGUGUGCUCCAAGAUGUUCUUGAAGACCCAACUAUCCGCAUCGAAAGUGGGGAGCUUCUGACCGACGAAUAUUUGGACUCCACCAUUCAGGCUGCGGCGGACGUGCUGAAGGAAAACGGGUUUCUUUCCAUCGCAGAAUUUGCAAAAACCCAUAGAUUUAGCUCAGUUUUUGCGCAAGACCUUCUCAUGAAGGCGGUGGAGUCACAGAGAUUGCGUGCAGUUGCGGAAAGAAGUGCCAUGUACACAACACAGUUUGUGCAUUCGCAAAAGGCCAUCUUGCGGGCAGGUCUUAUGGCUGCGACGCGGCCAGUAAACCUGACAACGUUCUUUGAAAGGCACAAUCUCUUUGUUCCACUUAUGGAUCCAGUCAUCGACGCCGUGCGCGCUGAACUACCCGGUAAAUUUGUUGGUGGGGUUUAUGUGCCAACAUAUUUUGAAGUCACCCGCGCAGAGCAAGUGGAAAAUGUUUAUCUCUCCAAUGGCUUUAUUGAAUAUGCGUCUUUGCACCAACAUGGCAUCUCCCAGGCGAAGGAAUUUCUUCUUGGAAAGUACAACCCUGUCGUGGAAGGUUCUGCAGCAAGAACAGCGACCGGAACGGAGGUGCGGAAACGGCGAGGGCGUCGUAAUCAGAACGCGGAUGCCACCGUGGAGGCGGCACCAGUGGCUCGUAGUGAAACUCACCCGAACGCCGGUCAUGCACUUUCUAGUUGUUUUGUUUCCGAUCGAUUCCUUGCUAACCUCGUUGCUCUUGAGGAUCUUGCGCAUGGAGAUACCCUGGCGUUGGAUCUUUCGCUGCAUUUGCCAUCUGCUGUCAGCUUUGAGAAGGAUUCUAACGUUCUUUUAAGGCGACUCCGUGAGUUGCAUCCCGUUAUUGAUUCUUGUAUCGUGCUGGAUGGAGGCUUGUUGGUUCACGAGGCUGCCCUGGAUAAAUUCAGGGCGCGACUGCGCGUCGUCUUUGAAGAGAGCUUCAAGCAAGGAGGGAAACGGAAAAGGAGCAAAACAAGUGAAUCUGCUGCGUCUGGAGACGAAAAAGAACAAUCAGUCCUUCGUGUAUUAGCUGAUGUGACUGGUCUCUCCUUAGAGGAAUAUUCAACGGCCCUUGAGGACCUUUCUUCUCAAUGGAGGGAGAUAGCAAGGGAUAUUUAUGAUGAAUUGGCGGCGGCUUUGGAACAGCAGGCAUCUGUGGAUCUGAAGCGAAUGCGCUCCAAGCUUCAGGUCUCUUUGGGCGUAUCCUGGGUUGACCUGUUUGUUGUCUCUAAGGGAGUCUUGUGGAGCAAAUCACAUAUGGAUGAAGCUGCAUCUACAGCCGUCAGUCGACAUGUUUUAACCACACGUGUUCUGCCAAUGGUAGGUGACAUUAUACUUAACGAGAGCCUGGAUGUGGCUGAGGUAUUUGAACGUGUUUCUGCUGUCCUGACGCCGGGGCAGCCGAGUAUUGUCACACUUCAAAAGGCGUUGCAAGUUUUUCCAGAAAAGCACCGCCGGCCACUUUUGCCCAUGAUAGAGGCGGCAAAUGGCAGGUCUGUCGAGAACUUUAUGAGUAUUCUUCAGGAACUUUGCACCAGCGGCCAAAUCGCGAUUUCUUCGUUUUACCAACCAAACAAAAAGCUGGAGAGGGAGGCACUUGCGGCGUUGAAGAAGAGGAUGCUGGAGCGAGUCGAAAAGGGCACUUUUGGUACUGAUGUCGCCCAAAGUGGAGUUUUAUUUGCGUCAAUUUGUAGUUUUUUUCUUUACACGCAUUUCCAUGUCUACGUGGAGCUUCCUGGAAGGGUGGUGGGAAGUGCAGUGGAGCUUAUUGCGAGAGAAGCGGCGGAGGUUGGUGGAGUUCUCCAGGAAUGUUAUCAGCUCAUCACGGGUGCAAUCAGCGGGAAGGAGCUGAGUACGGAGUCACUUGUGAGACUGGAGGAAGUUCGCAGGAUGGCAUUGGAAGGAGCGUUAGUUUCGCUGUGA